AUGAAUUCUCUCUUGAGCUCGGCAGCGUCGACUUUGCCAAGUCUACAUGGUACAUACAAUUCCGGAAGUCACUUGGGACCAGUCUUCUCUCAUCAAAGACCCUCGUUCGCUAUACAGGAGAUUUUGGGGCUUGCACCAUCAUGUAAGCAGACGAACGCGUCAGACCUGCACUACGACGCAGGAGCUUCGGGGGUUAUGUUUCUGCCUAGUUUUACCUCAGCUGGCCUGGCCGUCGACUCUCAGCCUCCUCUGUAUCAUCAGAGAGACUUCAGGGACAGUCAGAUCGACCCUAGGAUGGAUCCCAGCCCCCCGUCCUACUACCAUCCCUGGAGAAUGGACUUCAGCCAGGUUCCCCACCCUGGGGCUCCAACAGCUCCUACCCACAGACCGGGAAUGAGCAACAACGACACCGAUCUUUUCGGAUUUCGAUCAAGAAAUAAUAACCAAGGCAUGGAGCACGAAAUGACAUCCCCUUCUCGGCCAUCUGAUCCUUCUCACAAUAAACAGAAACUUCGAAAGAAAAGGCGACACAGGACAAUUUUUACCAGCUAUCAAUUAGAUGAACUGGAGAAAGCUUUCCAAGACGCUCAUUACCCAGACCUCUAUGCCCGGGAAGUGUUGGCUCUAAAAAUCGAUUUACCUGAGGAUCGCAUACAGGUGUGGUUUCAAAACCGAAGAGCGAAGUGGAGAAAAACCGAGAAGGAAUGGGGAAAGAGCAGCAUUAUGGCAGAGUACGGUUUAUACGGCGCCAUGGUUCGACACUCGCUCCCCCUACCGGAGACCAUCGUCAAAUCAGCGGAAAAAGGCAUAGAGAACUCGUGUGCUCCCUGGUUGUUAGGAAUGCACAAGAAGUCGAUUGAAGCAUCGAAAAAGAUGAAUGAAGAGGACAAAGAAGAGAGCGAUGAAAGUCCAGUGAAGACACCUCCCAAAGACAUCCGGUCUGAGAGCAUAGCGGCACUUCGCGCACGCGCACAGGAACACAACGCCAAAGUGAUGCAAGCAUUUCGGGAGAUCGGCGGCAAUGGAAUAUCAGCGUCAUUAGAAAUCGGUGGCAAACUCGAUGACAGUUUAAAUGACUCUACUUUCUCGGACAGUCAAUGUAGUUUUAGCGACGGUAAUUCGGAAAGAUGA